CAACAAUCUGCUCCCCUGAUAGCUUCUGUUAGAACAGCGUGAGGAAAUACUCAUCAAAUGAAAAGACACUGAGUCCUGGCUUAAGGGAUCGGACAACGUGGUACAUGUUUCAUAGUGAUUAUCCAGCUAUUGGACGCUAAAUCUAUUGGACUAAUUUUACGGCUUUUAUUCAUUGAUUGGCGGGGAUGUGAUUACAGCCCACGUUUCAAGAAGGCAGGAUACAACUUGAAUGUCACGAUUCCCCAAGGAGGGUGCUUCACUUGUCGAUUUCCGAUACCAAUAAAGCAGACCUCAGAAAUGACGUACCUUGUUCAAAUCAGAAGUAAUUAGACUUUGGUUUUGUUUCAUGCCUAUAUCUGGAGAGGUAACCAUACUUAUGGCUGAAUACUAAUGUAGCCAGACGAAUUGGAGAGUAAACCAUACCCAUACAGCCAAACAAAUUGGACAGUUUACCAUACUCAUACAAGCAAACAAACCCAAGAGGUAACCAUACUCAUGUCGAAUGAACCAAACAGCUAACCAUACUCAUGUCAAAUGAACCAAACAGCUAACCAUACACAUUCACCCUAUAACAAAUUGGACAUACAAUGUAUGCAAACAAAGUGAACCCAACAACAAAUGUUUGAAAUGUUUGAAAUUCAAAGAUCGUUGGAAACGCUUCAAGUUUUUUACGAUACCUGUAACAAGGAAGAUUCUGUUCGAGAAGUUGGCAUGAGGAUUGAUUCCAAUACCAGUGAUUACCAUUUCGGAAAAAGAUCCGUAGUAUUGUAAAUGGGGGCGACUGGCUAAGAAUACUUUCUCAGGCAAUUCAGGAGACAUGCUGUACUUGUGAGGUGGUAGGCUGAAGCAAUAGUAAAGGAUUCUGCAGGCGUUUUCACUGCUGUUAUUGAAUCUUCAGUAUUGUAAAUGGAUUAUGACUGACCAAGAAAUCUUUCUCAAUACUUUGUGGACAUUCAGGAUCUGCUUCACUGCUGCAGGAAUUAUAGAAAUGCACUCAGUGGGAUAUGAUUCAAGUAUAAAAUAGCAAACUCGUUCAUGAAAGGGAGACACAAAAGCAAACGUUGUGAUACUCAGAGCUGUUUCAAAUGAGUUAAGGAAUUUCCGACAUGGAUUGAGCUGUUUCAUUUCCGACAUGGAUUAUUGAGCUGUUUCAAAUGAGUUUAGGAAUUACCAACAUGGAUUAGAGCUGUUUCAAAUGAGAUGCCGAAUUAUCCACACGCAUACAAAUUGAAUUCUGUUGAAAUAGAUUGUUUGAGCUGACAAAUUAGCCAUUUUCUUGUCAUAGGAUUAUACAUGUACACAUACGAUUGCAAUUGACAAUUAGUGUUGGGUCACCCAUACUCAUAGUGGAUUAUCCUUUAAGCAAAACAAAGAGAUGAAAUAUUUCUUAUUGGAAUACAUAGCGGAAGAAAUGCACUUGAAAUCAUCACGCCCAGUUGGCAAACGUUUGUUGAGAAUUGGUUUUGAAAUCGAUUUUUAAUCAUAAAUCAUUGUGAAGGUUGGUAAUGAGAAAGCUGAAUUGAUUGUUGAGUUAAAUUGGAAUAUGAGUGAAUCUUAUAUGAUCCAAAGUACAUGUAGCAAAGGUUCAAAACCAACUUACCAUUACCAAUAGGUUUCUUGAAACACUUAGGAAAUUAUUCUGAACUUAGCUACGGGAGGAAAGCUUAAAAUCAACAGGAAUAUAGUCAGGUCUCAUCUUCUUGAAGGUGGCAAGUAUUAAGAAUCUUUGAAUUGGUAAAUGAUUGCCACGUUUCACGUAUUCAAUUGCCAAUAGCAAGGUAGUAAAUUAUUCUGAACUUGGCUACGGGAAGGGAAGUCUACCGGAUCAAUUGGAAUUCACAGAACAUAUCGGAUAUCGUGAACCAGGUUCUCUUCUGUUUGUGAUAAUACAUCACUGGAAUAACGGACUCACAAGAGGAUUUGGCCGAGGUGUAUAGGUGGGAAAAGGACUGACUGAUACUCAAACUACAAAGAAGCUGCAGAGAGUCAGCAGCAAAGGCUGAUCUGUUGUCAUCAGUGGAUUCACAGAGACGCAAACGAUUUAAACUGAGCAGAUGAAACAAGUUACAGUGUGAACGUUUCAAGGAUUCAAAACAAAACGAAUGGAUUAAUUUCGUAUUUCAUAGAUCUGUAGGAACGUCACACUUAUGCAAGACUCGGAUUCAAAUAUGUUUUCGGCUUUGCUGACACCCAAGCGGGACGUCUCAAAGCUGAGGAAGUCGUUAUCACUCAGUAAGAUCCCGUGGAAACACAUACGCCAGGACAUACGGUUGAACCGGUACCUGAUAGCCGGCCUGGGGAUGUUUCUACUACUGCUGGCUGGCGGACAGACUGCGGGCGGGAUAAACUUAGUGAGUUCGUGCCGGCUUAAUCUACACUAUAGUGCCUGUUUCCCAGCGGGAGAUGCGUGUUCGCGUAUGGGGAUUCCUGCCUUUGCUGGCUGUUCUGUGGUCUUCUCACUGCUGUGCGCAGUGACGUGUGCAAGCACGAAAACGUUAGCGGCGUUAUUAUUGAUGGUUUUAGCAGGUGAAUUCGUUUUAGGUUUGUACAUACAGUUUUCCGCUCCAAUGAAUCGCUAUUUGAAGAAUUUCCUUCCAAUGCAGACGCAGCAGUUGAUCGGGUGUGAGAAACUCCGUGAUAAUAUGACGAUGCCCUGCUGGUAUCAUUUGGGGCUCCAUUUCCCCUCAUGUGACAUCGUCUACCAUGUCAAGCUCACCGCAUGCAAUGUGACCAUGUCGGGAAAACUCAUGCCAAAGUCUCAAAAUGGUGAAUUUGACGCCGUGAACAUUGGAAUGGGCAAGUAUGGCAAGUAUGGGCCAUUGAAACAGAGUGAUAGUCCGAGGGUGCAAGACAUGGAUAGACAGUUUUACAAUGUGCCUGAUCACGCACAUGACGUGACGCCAAAAUCAACGGUAUUUGUGACGGGGAAACCGGAAUACGUCAUUUUCAAAGACGGACAGGAAUUAUCAGUGAAAAAACACUUGAACGUAACUGAAGAAUUCUUAUUGGAGAGCAGCGGUUUCUCCGUCAAGUCUGUGAUCGCGAAACGGGAACUAUGUUUCGAGGACGUAAUGCAACACACAAAAUCCCAUUUCGGAUUUUAUAAAGACCUGACCGUCAUCGUCCUUCUCGUUAGUGCCACGAUACACCUUCUAUGCGCAAUUAUUUUAUGUUUAUUAGACAAAAAGGCCAUAUGCAUUCGUUCGGAAAUCAAACACAAAAAGUUCCACGUCAGACCAGAAGAGGACGCCACCACGGUGAAACCAGUGACUGCGACGAAUGUAUGACUAAGAGUGAAGAAAUGACAGUGGCAAAUCAAGGAUGCCACAUUGAACUUCACAUGUAUACAAACAAUCUAUUACAUCAACUGUCCAUGACUUGAAGUAGAAAGCUACACACUCUUUCAUGAGAAAAUGACACUCCGAUUUUUGUCGAUUAGGAUUUUUUUUCGAAACAGUCUUAGACCGGUGAAUGUAGAGUAUACAGGUACACUAACAAGAGAGACUAAUAAACAUGUCCAACGUCCACGGAGAUGUUGUCAUAAUGCUUUGUGUCUGCGGCCAUAAAUCUUGUCCUAACCCUCGCAACAGACAAAGCUAUGAUUUAGUAGCCAUCCAAAAGAAAUGAAGGUGAUGACCGUUGGCUAAUGAAGGUACGUAACCGUACAUUUCUUCUUGGGUGACUUUAAGAGUUUUAGACUGUAGUCUGUCAAGGCUCAGGAUUGCUCUUAGGCAUUAUUUGUGGAACCUUCUUCAAAGAACACCACCAAUGAGUGGGUCGUUAUGAUGGAACUAGGGAACUAACUUUCAAACAGGGACAUCUGGUUACUUAACGAACAACUAUCAGCAAGAGAAACCAUUGGUCUCAGAUGACAAUUUCUGCACCAGAGACAUCUAGGGAGGGAUUCAUCAUGUAUAAGUGUGUACACAUUGUCCCUUGAGUAACAAAAGGUGCCAUAUUCAAAUUUUAUAGAACAUGUGGAAUUAAAGCUAGGCAAUGACAGAAAAUGCCUAUAUGUGAAAAUAUACAAAAAUUUCAUCUCAUAUUAAUUUUACAUCACACAUACAUAUAUCAAAGGUAUUCACUUGGUGGUCUAGUCUGCUUUG